GAGAAGAGAAAGACGGGAACUUUAGGAAGGCAAUCCAUCGUCAGCUUCUGUGGGAGAUGAGCAGAAACUGAGAGUGAUCCAUUCCUUCCAUUUGAGAGCAGAGCGAUGAGACUUGACUGCAGUGGGAUGAACCAGUAAUUAAGCAGCUUAAGCUGAUUGUUUGCUGACUGCUCUGCAGUGCCGAGGGAAAAAGUGGCAAAUGUGAGGAGGUGGUGAGGGAGAUCGUCCAUGGAGGCUGUGAUCAGUUUCUUCAGUGGAGAUUGAGCUGUUUCCUCUGUCUGGUUUAGUUUCAACUCACCCAGAGAUGUCUGUUAUCUCACCAACCCCUGAUUCCUCUCCUUCUGCUGUGCCCCCGGCUGUUCCGCCACCACCGCCCUCCCCGGCCGCUACGCCGCCGACCUUAUCAGCUGCUCCCCCGCCAACCCCGUCCUCUUCUCCCCCGCCAACCCCGUCUUCUUCUCCACCGCCAAGGUCUCCUCCAUCUCUACCAAACGCCGACCCACCUGACCCUUCUGCCCCCUCCCCUCCUUCCCCACCACCGCAAACAUCUCCUCCUCCGGUAGUCCCAGCUUCACCGCCUCCAUCGGCGCCACCGCCGAAGGAUCCUCCACCGCCACCAAUAUCACCAUCUUCGCCACCUCCAUCAACCCCAAGCACUCCUCCCCCGGAAAAUCCACCACCUCCUCCCCCAUCAGCACCUCCUCCUACUUCCCCUCCAACCCCACCGGCCAAUCCGCCAAAAGCUCCACCUCUGACGCCGCCACCAAACCCUCCCCAAACUGCACCGACACCACCACCACCACCGACACCACCACCCAGCCCGCCCAAGACUUCCCCUCCUCCAUCACCAACUGUAGAACCACCGCAAAGCGCACCGCCACCACCAGUUGCACCAGCCAAACCACCUGAUACCUCUCCCCCACCACCACCGGCAACACCACCGAAGAACCCUCCUCCACCACCGCCUUCAAUAACUCCAGCAAAAUCACCUCCGUCUCCUGUGCCCGCUCCUCCACCCGCUUCUCCACCUGCAUCUCCAAGCUUCACUACAAAUUCUCCGCCUCCAUCAUCUCCACUUCUUCCUCCAUCUUUAACUCCUCCUUCGAACCCUGCUCCUCCCGACAAACCAGCUCCAAGUUUGGACCCUGGGGGGAAUAAUGGUCCUGGAAUCGGGGGUAUAGUCGCUAUCGCUGCAGUGCUUGGGAUCCUUCUGCUUAGUUGUGUUGGAUUCUUUGUAUGGUGCAUCAGAAAACGAAGGAAAAAGUCUGCUGGACUUAAUGGAGGUUACGUGAUGCCAUCACCCUCGGCAUCUUCUCCUAAAUCAGAUUCAUCUUUUAUCAAAAAUCAUCCUUCAGCGCCCCUUAUAGGAAGCAGCUCUGAAAUUGAAGUUGCACACUCACCAAGGGAGCCCGGUGGGUUUGGAAACUCGGGCCCGUGGUUUACUUACCAGAAACUCUUGGAGGCAACGGAUGGGUUCUCCUCUAAGAAUCUUUUGGGGGAAGGUGGGUUUGGUUCUGUGUACAAGGGCUAUCUCCCCGAUGGUAGAGAGAUUGCCGUGAAGCAAUUGAAAGUUGGGGGUGGACAAGGGGAGAGAGAGCUUAAGGCUGAAGUCGAGAUCAUCAGUCGGAUACACCACAGGCACUUGGUUUCACUGGUCGGGUACUGCAUCGCUGAUAAUCAGAGGCUGCUUGUGUAUGAUUAUGUGCCCAAUAACACACUAUAUUUUCAUCUUCAUGGAGAAGGGAUGCCAGUCCUAGAGUGGGCAAAGCGAGUGAAAAUUGCUGCUGGUGCUGCUCGUGGAUUGGCCUAUCUUCAUGAAGACUGCCAUCCCCGAAUUUUCCACAGGGACAUCAAAUCAUCAAACAUUCUUUUAGACAAUAACUUUGAAGCUCGGGUAUCUGACUUUGGACUCGCCAAGUUAGCACUUGAUGCCAACACACAUGUGACUACACGAGUAAUUGGAACUUUCGGGUAUAUGGCUCCUGAAUAUGCAUUAAGCGGGAAGUUGACUGAGAAAUCUGACGUGUACUCAUUUGGGGUCGUACUUCUAGAGCUAAUCACAGGAAGGAAGCCCGUCGAUGCAUCCCAGCCCCUGGGAGACGAGAGUCUAGUCGAAUGGGCCCGACCAUUGCUGAGCCAUGCACUAGACAAAGAAGAAUUUCAAGGUUUAGCAGAUCCAAGGCUUGAAAACAAUUUUGUCGAGAGUGAAAUGUUCCGAAUGAUUGCAGCUGCUGCAGCUUGUGUUCGGCAUUCAGCUGCCAAGCGACCAUGUAUGGGACAGAUUGUGAGAGCAUUUGAUAGUCUGGCUACUUCGGAUCUAACAAAUGGGAUGCGAGUGGGGGAAAGCGAGGUGUUUAAUUCCGCCGAACAGUCUGCGGAAAUUAGAUUAUUCAGGAGGAUGGCAUUUGGGAGCCAAAACUACAGCACUGAAUUCUUUAGUCGGGCUAGCUCAAAUGUUUGAAUUUUUUUAAUUCACGUAAAUAGUUGGAGACGAAUUUCAUUCUAACCGGGAGAGCUUUGUGAGCCCGAGCUGGAGGACCAUGUUUUGUUCGGCUUCUACAGCAGAGGUCUAUGGAAGGUCAGCUAUAUAUGCUCUUGGUUCUUGUAAUUAGGCUUUUCUUCUGAUUAUCUGUUUUCUUUUCUUCUUUUAUUCCCACCGGGAGAGCUAUUUGAGCGGGUCAUUACUCAUUGGUGCAAUUUUUGUAGUGUUGUAUAUACCAAAGAGUUGGAAGAAAUGUUGUACUGUUUUCGCCCGUAGUGAUAUUUACGGUGGUAAUAACAGAUCAUUUAAUUCAAUGCGAUGGUUCCCGUCUGAA